GACUUCCGGUGAGGGGGCAUCAGAGGCUGGAAGUGGGAACCUCCGCCGCUAGGCCGAGGGGCGCAGGGCGCUAGAGGAGGCGGGCCAGAGAGCGGGCGGCGGGCCGGUCCGGGGGAAGCCAGAGGAGGGCCGGGCCCCGCCGCGCCCGCCGCCAUGGACCCGUUCCUGGUGCUGCUGCACUCGGUGUCGGUCAGCCUGUCGAGCAGCGAGCUGACUGAGCUCAAGUUCCUGUGUCAAAGCCGCGUGGGCAAGAGAAAGCUGGAGCUCGUGCAGAGUGGCGUGGACCUCUUCAACGUGCUGCUGGAGCAGACCGAGAUGAGCCGCGAGAACACCGUGCUGCUCCGCAAGCUGCUCGUCUCCCUGCGGCGCCAGGACCUCCUGCGACGCCUGGACGAUUUCGAGGCGGGCGCGGAGGGCGGGGCCGCGCCGGAGGAGCGAGACCUGCAGGCAGCGUUUGACAUCAUCUGUGAUAACGUGGGGAAGGACUGGAGGAAACUGGCUCGUCACCUCGGAGUGUCUGACGCCAAGAUUGAAGCCAUUGAGGAGAAGUAUCCCCGGAACCUGGCAGAACAGGUGAGGGAGUCGCUGAGAGUCUGGAAGAACAGCAGGAGGGAUGAUGCGGCCGUGUCCCACCUGGUGAGGGCGCUCAGGGCCUGCCGGCUGAACCUGGUGGCAGACCUCAUCGAGGAGGGUCAGCGGGCCCGGGCCCUCCAGAGCGACAGUGGGGACCCUGUGUCGCUCUCUGAGUCCUGGGACUCAGACUCGCCUGCCUCAGGGGCCUCCCGAUGACCCAGCUGCUCUUCUCCAGGACCAAAGGCAUCUACCCACUCUGAACUUCGGUUCCCUCCACCGCAGUUAACCACGUCCCAUCCGUGCCAGCGUGUGCAGACCCGGCAGGGAGCCGGGUGAGGGCCCACGUGGGCUCUGGGCACGGUGAUCAGCCUCAGGGAGAUGCUUUCAUCCCCAUUAAACGAGUUCCUACCGGAGGACAUUGCGAGCCACAUCUGACACGUAGGAGGGACCUAGAUACUAGUUAGGGUUAGAAACCUGGUCGUUGUCCAAGUGAGGAAGUGCAGAGUGGAACUGGAGGCAAGUCAGUAGUGAUGGGGGAGUUGGGCUGGUAGCCAACGCUGUCCAGCUCUGGAGCCCGCGCUUGGAACCACUGGCUCCUUCUGCCAGUGGUUGCCACGGUUGCCAAAGGCUUGGAGGCUGGCAGUGUAGACCCGUCUCCCAGGGCAGGUGGCAUGGGGGUGAGGCGAUGCCUGUGAGGUGCUUAGAAGAUGUGGACACAGGGCUGGGCAGACGCUAGUUCAGAGAAAUAUUAUGAUUCCUGUGAUUCCCCAGUGUGUUACUAUUUUGUGUCAAAACCACUAUCUUUCUGAUAACAGAGUUGGCAAGGGAGCUGGAGGUUGUGAUUUUAAGAAGUAAUCUUUCUUCCUGCUUCUCAGGUAACCCUAUUGAAGCAAGGGCCUUUACAGAGGAAAUCUCCACAUUACAAAGAUUCUUUUCUUCCCAUUGAUGAUGGUUUCAUUUUGCAUGCUCUCAGAAUUCCCAUUGUAGUCGGUUUCAGCGUCCCUGGAAGGUUGUUACAGGCCCAACCUGGGAGCAGGGUAGCUGCAUUUCAUAACAGCUCCGGGGACCACUAACAAGGGGAGUGUUUAUGGGGGUGGGAUGAACUAGGAGAUUGGGAUUGACAUACACACACUACUGUGUAUUGUAUAAAGUGGCAGAGAGCCCAGCGUUCUUGCCUUGCGCCUUCCUGCUGUGACCUUGGGAAAGCUACUUGUGAUGUCAUGCCAUGCCGCCUUGACCUUGGGUUGCUGAGACCGUAGCAACGCUCACCACCAGGCUGUGGACCCAGCCUUCAGCACAUACUUAGUGCCAGGCACUGCUAGGAGCUGGGGUCAUGCAGCAGACAAGACAGAAGUGGCCCUACUCUGUUGACCCCGAAAGCCUGGCCGGGAACACGGGUGUUAACCAAUUCAUCGCAAGUUUGGGAGUUGAACCACUUCAGCCCCAGAGUGGCGUGGCCUGGCCCGUUUAUGCCCUGAAUAUUCCCCCGCCUGCGAGGAGCAUCUGCCUGUUCAGGACCUCGGGUCAGGGCUAGUUCUGUGGAUAACACAUACACACAUCAUCAUCAUCGUCAGUAAAUGAGAGUGGCUUGGCUAAUGGGUCGCUUUGGGACAUAGGUGAUCUGGAAAAUGUGUCCACGUUUCUUGAACAGAGGCAGAUUUCAGAGGUGGUGCUAAUCUUCUUAUGGUUUAUGGCAUAUGCUACUGAAAUGUGAGGUGCUGGGCACCCUGGCCUCUGGCCUGCAUCCCCCAACACGGUUCCCACACCUGGAAGGAAUGUCUGCCCUCUGUCACACCAGGUGUUCUCAUGGAGGCUUUGACAGCACGUGCUUACAGCACUCAGGAUUUUCCAAUGCCUGGGACCUGGCACUGGACCGACUCCGUGCCACUUGAGGUGAGGCACUGGUCCCCCUGGGCACUGACAUCCCAAGGCUUCCCUCAGGGAGCUGCUCUGGUCCACGUGGUGAGGAUGAGGAUGUUGGAGCAGCCUCAGUAGACCGGUCAUGUGGCCUAAUCUCACCACCCAAGGCACAGAUCUGAGUUCCAGGACAGAAGAGGUGAUGGAUGAGAAGGCACCUCCUUCCAGCAUUGCUGUCCGCCUCCCAGGCCCUGGAGAUGGGCCAGCCGUGGUGGCUCUGGGCCGCUGGGGCAAAGCUGCAGAGCCUGGUAGUGGGUGAACUCGCCCAAGAAACUGGCCCCGGAAGGUGGGAGCUCAAGGCCAGCUAGAAUCCUCCGUUUGUUCAGUCCUCAGUGGCCAGGGGGCUUCCACUGUAGCUGCGCUGCCACGCAUUGAGGUGAGACCGAGCAAGCAGGCAGCCUGCCCUCAGAAAGCGCAGGAUUCCCCCACUUUUGUGACACAAAAGGAAAAGGCACAAUAAAGGUGUAUAGAGUGACUUCCCUGGUGGUCCAGUGGUUAAGACUUCACCUUCCGAUGCAGGGGGUGCGUAGGAGAGCUAAGACCCCACGUGCCUCGCAGCCAAAAAACCAAAACAAGCAAUAUUGUAACAAAUUCAAUAAAGACUUUAAAAAUGGUCCACAUCAAAAAUAAAAAAAAAAAAAAGGUGUAUAGAAAAAGCACAAAUGCUAUACGGGCCCUAAAAGUGGAAAGGUACACAGCAAAUUUUGGAGAACAAUUCUCUGAAUGAUAGUUUUUCUGUAUGCUAUCCAAAUUUUCCCCGUUUCUGUAACAGUUUCAGUUGUCCGCCAAAUACCAGUCCCAGGUGUAACGUGGACCGUCAUGGGGGGUGUCCUGGAGAGCAGGGCGCCGCGUGGGCUCUCGAGCCUGACCUGAGUGUGAACCGGGGGCUCUGUCCCUUGGGGCUCCACCUCCCUGAAAAGGGGCCAUUAGAUAAAUAGGAAGUGCUUGGGCAAGUCUGUGGCACUGUUUUUCCCUUAAAAACAAACACACGUCACCCAGAGCCCCAGAGGUCUGCCAAAGGCUGUUCUGCUCUGUGUGGUCUCAGAACAUCGAGCCCGGCCUUUGUGCGGCUUGCGGGAUCUUAGCUCCCUGAUCAGGGAUUGAACCCGUGCCCCCUGCAGUGGACUCGCAGAGUCCUGAGCACUGGACCGCCAGGGAAUUCCCGUUCCAGGUCUUCUCAUAACCCCUCCUGGGACAGACGUGGUUGACAUCUAACCAGAACUGUGACCCCGGGGACAGGUCAGCUACACCCCACGUAGGCAGGGAGCUGCUGCAGUUUUUGGACAAAGAUUUCUCACAGCAACUUUCCAAAAACAACCCAUCCCUUUUUUUUUCAGUCACAUAAAAUUAAUUUUUUCUGAUAAAGCUGCACACAAGUCAUGUGGUUUACUUGGAAGUGAAAGUUAAGAUCCACGUUCUGCUCUCAAUCCUUUUUCCCCUGAGAAGAAGGGAAAGAAGGGUCCAAGUGUACGCGCUUCGCGGGAGAUUUCCCGGCCGACGAAGGAGGAUUUGAACGAGUGUUUCCUUGACAAGGGUCGCUCCCUCUCCCGGCCCACAGGUUUCCCGGCUUCACAGCCUCCCCCUGCCACCUCGCCAGGCCAGCCCUGCUCCUGGGCCCCCGCCCCCUCCAGACUCUUCCGUUGGGGCGGGGGCUGGCAGCUCCCCUCCCCCCUGCUCUCCCCGCCGGCUGGCUUGCCUCCCGUCCGCUCCUCUUCCUCCCAGGCGACCCCACGGCCACCCCCAAAGUGCACUGCAGAGUGGAGGCUGCCGGUCCCACGGUGCGCUCUCCUGGUUUGUGUGGCCUCUAGGGCACCUGUUCUGGCCGCUCCGCUCGGCCUCUUUAACCUGUCCCGGCACCAGACCCCCACCCAUGGGAGGACCUUGGCCUCGUCUCUCCCAGGUCCCUGGUGCCUCCCAUCUCUCUCUCUCUCUCUCUCUCUCUCUCUCUCUCUCUCUCUAUCUCUCUCUCUCUAUCUCUCUCCCUCUCUCUCUCUCUCUCUCUCUCUCCCCUUCUCUCUCUGUCAGAUAGCUGGGGGCAACGCUUGCCAUGCAAGGGAGCGGAUCACAGAUUUCUGGGAUUCGGACGUGGGCGUCGUGGGGGCAGGUGUUCCGCGGGCCCCUCCCUGGGGCUCGCGCUCCCGUGCGCCACAGCACCGGCUCCUCUGGACGCUACCUCGCAAGCCUCUCUCGUUCCCGCCCCCCAGCGGGGCUCCACCCUUCUCAGGACAGCCCGGCCUCUGCCCCUUCUGCCCCGCCCCAUCAGCCGCCAGAAAUAGUCAUGCUGCAGACUCCUGACUGUAUUCCUAGAAACCGCAAGCUCUCUGCACACGUUUUUCAGUUUUGUGUUUGUCUUCCCAUGAUACGUAUUCUGAGUCAUCUUGCUGACUGCUUUCUAGCCACAGGAUUCCUGUGUGCAUCGAGUUUUGGAACGAGACAGGCAAGCGUGACGCAGGGUAGCAUGUGCUUAUUCGAAAAUGUCCAGGCACCCUACAUCGGCCGGAACAGGCAAAACUUCUCUUUUACAAGGAAAAUGUGCAAUUGAAACCCGUUUUCGUCAGAGAAGCCCUCAGUUUCUUAAGUCAGUGACUACGUUAAUACACUGUAGCAAGAGUCCCACGUGGGUACCAACCACAUUAAUUGUCACCAGGCAACAGAGGCCGAGUCAGUGCGUGAGCGGUGUUGUAAAAGCUGGAAGCCGAAGCACGUGGGCCGCUUGGUCACCCCGGCACCGGGCAGGUCUAAGCUCCCCUCCCCCACACCUGCUCGGUGACAGUCUCGACACAAGCAGCGACUUUGUCUCAGCGUGUGUUGCCUCACGGGACAGACCUUCUGUCUGGGGAGACGACAGAGUUCUCGAGAUGGUUGGGGUGACGGCUGACAGCACUGUGAGUGAAGAGGGCGAACUUUAUGUUGUGUAUUAUUUUACCACAAGUUUUAGAAUCAUCCUUCACAUUAAAUUAACCCUUUAAUUAUAUUAUUAAUCUAAA